AUUUAAUUCGUCGUACCACUGUAAUGGCGCCUCUAUUACUAAAAUAAUGAGGAUACCCCGACUCAUUUUUCUGCAGUUUUGGUUCAAACAUUCUCAUUUUCACUUGGACACUACUUCAGUGCUUUGAUGUUUACAGUGGAAAUCAUACAACUGAAUCUAUUGCUGGCCUGUCGUUAACAGCAUGAUGGAGAUAACAAAUGUUUCUGAAUAUGAUAAGCUGGCAAAAGAGAGACUGCCGAAGAUGAUAUAUGAUUAUUAUGCAUCAGGUGCUGAAGAUGAAUGGACUCUAGAAGAGAACAGAAAUGCAUUUUCGAGGAUUUUGUUCCGGCCCCGCAUCCUCAUUGAUGUAAGUCAUAUAGACAUUACGACAACUGUCUUGGGUUUCAAGAUUCCCAUGCCAAUCAUGAUUGCUCCUUCAGCUAUGCAAAAAAUGGCUCACCCCGAAGGAGAGUUUGCAACAGCGAGGGCAGCAUCUGCUGCUGGCACAAUUAUGGUUUUGACUCACAUUUCUUUCCCUUCCUAUUUUUCCUCUUUUUCUAACCUUAAGUAUCGAAUUUUUCAUUCUUUGAUUUGCAUGUGUGAUUAUUUGAUCCAGGCAUUGUCUACACUGGCCACAUCUAGUGUUGAAGAAGUUGCCUCAACUGGACCUGGAAUUCGAUUUUUCCAGCUUUAUGUAAUGAAAGACAGGAGUGUUGUCGCACAGCUGGUUAUACGAGCUGAGAAGGCUGGUUUUAAUGCUAUUGUUCUCACAGUUGAUACACCUAGGAUAGGUAGAAGGGAAGCAGAUAUCAAGAACAGAUUUAUUCUCCCACAACACUUGACAUUAAAGAACUUUGAGGGGCUGGAUCUUGGUAAGAUUGAUCGGACAGAUAACUCUGGAUUAGCCUCAUAUUUUUCUUAUCAAGUUGAUCGGUCAUUGAAUUGGAAGGAUGUAAAGUGGCUUCAGACCAUCACCAAGUUGCCAAUCUUGCUGAAAGGAGUGCUAACUGCUGAGGAUGCGAGACUGGCAGUGCAAGCAGGUGCAGCAGGAAUCAUCGUCUCCAACCAUGGAGCUCGACAACUUGAUUUUGUGCCUGCAACCAUCAUGGCUUUGGAAGAGAUUGUGAAAGCUGUGGAGCGUCGAAUUCCUGUUUUCUUGGAUGGUGGUGUUCGUCGUGGCACAGAUGUUUUCAAAGCAUUAGCACUUGGAGCUUCUGGAGUAUUUAUUGGAAGGCCGGUAGUUUUUUCAUUAGCAGUUCAUGGAGAAGCUGGUGUGCGAAAAGUGCUCCAAAUGCUUCGUGAUGAGUUUGAGCUCACCAUGGCGUUAAGUGGCUGUGGAACAGUCGAGGAAAUUACUCGUAACCAUGUCAUGAUGGACACCGAAACUCCACGAAUCUCUCCCAAGCUAUAAGUCGCUUUAAGUAUAAUCAGCGACUUUUGUAAGAUAGGAGUUCAGGAUCAAGACUCCCAUUCAGAAUUUCAGAUGUACAAGGAUUCUAGACUUAAUUUAUAAAUAAAGGUUGCACAGCAAAAUAAUGUAACGAUUACAAGAAUUAAUUGGUGACCAUGUUCAAUCUUUUUACUACUGUGCAAUUUUGUAAGUUGAUAAGUUUGAAUUUUCAUGGGUAUGCAAUUUUGAAUCGACAAAGUAUCUUCUCUAUA